AUAGCACUUCAUUCCUCACCGUCAUCACCUAAACAGAAUCGCAAACUCACUCUAAACCUGCUCCAUCGCAGUGUAGUUCGGGCAUAAUUCCGCUUGUGACAUUUGCCCAAGGCUUCGGACGGCUCUUCGAGCCCUCCGGUUUUUGCUUGUUCUGUGCUCUUCACGAACGUGUGUGGGCUGAACAUCUCGCUAAGGAAUAAUUCCCAUCCUGGAGUGAUGUCGUAUGUCCACCUGCUGUCUAAAGCUGAAGGCUAGAAGGCAGAUGUCCCUUAUGUCUCCAUGGCCAUGGGUACCUUCAACCCGUAGAGGAAGGUCUAAAAACACACUAAGCGUCGACGUCCGCCCGGUGGCGAGUUAUUCAGGAACCUUAUCAGCGACAACCACCCUCAUGUUGUCUUCGACAUAUCUCGGAAUCCCAUCAAACUGCCAAAAUUAUGCGGGCACAUGCGAUUCCUGAAUGAUUAUUCGCCGUGCUAUAUAAAUCAUGUCAGGUGGUGUCGAUGUCUUUUUAAGUGUCCCUUCUCCCCAUCCUGGAGAGGCCUGACCGCGACGAAGAUCAUGAAGCUGCUCAAGCUAGUUUCGUUCGUACACUUUGUCGCUCUCGCUUGGGCGUGUCCGGGAGAUGACCACGAUCAUUCCCAUUCCCACUCCAAACGCGCAUUCCCAUCUACGACCUUGACUGCGCCGACGCGACAGCUCGACUGGGGAGACCUGAAUAUCAUCCAUACUACUGACAGUCAUGGUUGGCUACUUGGUCAUCAGAAACACUCAUCCCCUGAGCCAAAUUAUAGCGGCGACCUGGGAGAUUUCGCGUCCUUCGUUUCUCAUAUGAAAGAGAUUGCUCUGAAGAAGGAUGUCGAUCUCUUGCUUGUGGAUUCUGGGGAUUUGCAUGACGGGACUGGCCUUUCUGAUGGCUUUCCACCCGGAGGAAUUGAUGCACAUGAUUCCAACAAAUUCUUGACUCAGUUACCUUACGAUGUCAUGGCCAUUGGAAAUCAUGAACUUUACAUUUACGCCAACGCCUUGGACAUGCACCAGAAUUUCGCUCCCAAGCUGAAAGGACGUUACCUCUCUUCGAAUGUCAACAUCACGCUUCUCAAUGAGCACAACCAGAUCGUGAACGUUCCAGUUGGCAAUCGUUUCGCAAAGUUCAAGACCAGGAAUGUUUGUAGAGGCCGCAAAGUUACCUCACUGGGUGUCCUCUUCGACUUCACCGGCAAUGACAAGAACACAACUGUCCAAAAGGUUGCAGAUAUGGUCAAAGAAUCCUGGUUCCACGAAGCUAUCCAAGAGGAACCUGACUUCUUCUUGCUCGUUGGGCACAUGCCGGUACAAAGAGACAACUGGCCUCUCGUAUUCAACGCUGUACGCGCAGUACACCCUACGACGCCCAUUCUUAUCCUUGGUGGUCAUACACACAUCCGUGACUGCGUACAACUCGACGGUCGGUCUAUAUCUUUAGAGAGCGGGCGUUACAUGGAGACUGUUGGCUGGCUCAGUGCGAAGCUAGACAAGAAAGGCAGCAAGAAGAACAUUACCUUCUCUAGACGUUACUUAGACCCUAAUCGUGUCACAUACGAGUUCCACACAGGUAGAAAGAACUCAUCUUUUGAUACGUCUCUGGGAAAAUCGAUUACCAAGGGUCUUAACCAGCUUGCGAAGAACUUUGAUCUGGACUUCACUUUUGGAACUGCACCUACGGACUUCACUACCAAUCGCGUACCUUUCCCAUCCAAUAACUCGCUGUUAACUUUGUAUGGUUCAGAGGCGAUGCCAGUGGCUCUUACGGUCAAUAACACUCGUGCAUCCAUCCCCAACCUCAUGAUUACCAAUUCUGGCUCUUUACGUUUCGAUGUCUUGCAAGGUCCCUUCACCAAGAAUGACCAACUCACCGCCUCGCCCUUCGCAGAUGCUUUCCUUUUCAUCCCCAACAUCACCGCAGGCGUUGCUAACAAGGUCCUUCCUACCCUCAACAAUGCCGGCUCUGAGAAUAGGAAGCGUGAAGCGCGUGAAGCUUGGGAGAGAGAAUUAUAUGCAAGAGGUGAAGUUGAGAUGAUCUAUCGCCGAUGGCUUGAGGAGAUGGACAAGCGCAAUGGGAUUGAGAGACGUGCCGCGGGCAAUGCAACCCUCGGAUAUGUUACUCACGACUCAUGUCCUGGCGUUGGUGACGAUGUCCUCCACGCUCCUUUGCCAUUCUUUUCUGUUCCGGACUUCAUUGCUUCUGAUCCACCUGCGGUGUCAGACGACACCCCGAUUGACCUUGUCUUUGUGGACUUCAUCCAGAGUCAACUUCUGGAGAUUCUCAACAGCCUGCAAACGACAAAGACAUUUACUGCAGCGGAUGCUCAGCCCUACAGUGAUGUCUUAGGGAACGCUGUCUUAGGGGUCUUCGCUCAAAAGGCAUGGAACUAAGGUUGUUGCGAUGUUCUCCUUGUGCGUAGUGUAGUUGUCAGAUGCUUAUUGGAAUGCAGUCCAGUGAGCAUAUGUUCGCCAUGAUCAGAAGUUGCGAAGGAGGUCAAAGGAAAGCGAAUAAAAUUACAAAAUAACCGGGGAAUCCUACAACUGUCCUAUACGCUGCUGCAUCUUCUCUUUCACUGUCUGGUACGCGUUCAUGAGAGUUUGCUCGUUGAUGACGAUCUCCGUCGUGUCUGCU